UUAUUUCCAGUUCAGUAGUCGACGACUCGACGCGCCGGCGCGCCCGUGUCUGACAGUCAGCUGUUCGACCUUGUGUGCAAUAACAAAAUAACCCAAAUCCCAACAUGGAUUUCACCGACAAAGUUGUGUUAAUAACCGGUGGCAGUUCAGGAAUUGGAGCGGCUACCGCCAUUUACUUUGCCAACCUUUCAGCAAAGCUGGUAUUAGUUGGCCGUAAAGAAAAUAACUUGCGAAGGAUCGCUGCAUAUUGUGAGAAAGUAAAAGGAGUAAAACCUCUCACAAUAACCGCGGACUUAACUGAGGACGCAGACGUAGAGAGGAUCAUCGACGAAACCGUCGGACAUUUCGGGAAGCUGGACGUGUUGGUCAACAAUGCCGGCGUUUUAAAGCCGGGUGGAAUUAAGAAUUCCAAUAUGGAUAACUAUGACACGGUCAUGUCUACGAAUAUGCGGGCCGUUUAUCAUUUAACAAUGCGAGCUACGCCUCAUCUCAUUGAAAGCAAAGGCUGUGUCGUCAACGUGUCGAGUAUAUCUAGUACGAAGCCUAACGCUUUAACCAUAGCGUACAACGUUUCGAAGGCCGCAUUAGACCAGUUUACAAAAUGUGUAGCGCUGGAGUUGGCGGCAGAUGGUGUUCGCGUUAACUCGGUGAACCCUGGAUUUGUGAAAACGAAUAUCCUGAAUGAUACGGGAUUAUCGGAAGACCAAUUGGAGCUGGUCGUGCAGAAUAUUGUCAACAACAUGCCGCUGAAAAAGCCGCUGCAAGCGGAUGAGGUCGCUGGCGUCAUUGCGUUUUUAGCCAGCAACAAAGCUAAAAGCAUUACUGGAUCUUGUUUCGUAAUAGAUGGCGGUAGCUUAUUAAAGUAAAAGAAAUCUAAUAAAUACCUAGUAUGCAAUCUCAAAAUACUUACCUACUUACUUUAUUACAUUAGGUACCUAAUUUACGAUUCGGAACCUCAAGUAAUAGGUAACUAUUUGAAAAGUUCGUUUCAUUUAAUGACUUAUUAUAUAUCUAAGUAUACGUAAUGUAUUUAUUAUUAGUGCCAUUCCUUUAUGAAUAAACGUUAUACCUAC